AUGCAGUCUUUGUCUUUUUGGGGGGAAUGGGGCCCCCUGUCUUCUCCGCACCCGGGGCCACUAAGCAGCAGUGUCUGGCCACGCCCCCGCAGUGGGAGGUCGGCCUGCGCUGGUGGGCACAGAUGGCCUAAGGCUGGCGGGUCUUUGAUUGGCCCCGGCUUUGCCCUGGCCACACCCCCCUCUGCGCUGGGAUUGGCUUAGUGCUGGGGUUCCCACCCACCCACAGGCCGCAAUGGCGUCUCAGCUCCAGAACCGGCUCCGCUCUGCACUGGCCUUGGUCACAGGUGCGGGGAGCGGCAUCGGCCGAGCAGUCAGUGUACGCCUGGCCGGAGAGGGGGCCACCAUAGCUGCCUGCGACCUGGACGGGGCAGCGGCACAGGAGACGGUGCGGCUGCUGGGCGGGCCAGGGAACAAGGAGGGGCCGUCCCGAGGGAACCACGCUGCCUUCCAGGCUGACGUGUCUGAGGCCAGAGCCGCCAGGCGCCUGCUGGAACAAGUGCAGGCCUGCUUUUCUCACCCACCAUCUGUCGUUGUGUCCUGUGCGGGCAUCACCCAGGAUGAGUUUCUGCUGCACAUGUCUGAGGAUGACUGGGACAAAGUCAUAGCUGUCAACCUCAAGGGUACCUUCCUAGUCACUCAGGCUGCAGCACAAGCCCUGGUGUCCAGUGGUUGUCGUGGUUCCAUCAUCAACAUUAGUAGCAUCACAGGAAAGGUGGGGAACAUGGGGCAGACAAACUAUGUAGCAUCCAAGGCUGGAGUGAUUGGGCUGACCCAGACUGCAGCCCGGGAGCUUGGACGACAUGGGAUCCGCUGUAACUCUGUCCUCCCAGGGUUCAUUGCAACACCCAUGACACAGAAAGUGCCACAGAAAGUGGUGGACAAGAUUACUGAAAUGAUCCCGAUGGGAUACUUGGGGAACCCUGAGGAUGUGGCAGAUGUGGUCGCAUUCUUGGCAUCUGAAGACAGUGGAUACAUCACAGGGGCCUCAGUGGAAGUCACUGGAGGUCUUUUCAUGUAACUGCCUCAAGGACCCUGGACUCUGCUCACCCCCCCAUCACUCUGCCUGGCCUCCUGCUGAUGAGGACUCUAAGUUCCCAGGCUACAAAAGGGGUGGCAGUGUAUGGCUCAGGAAUGCUGAAUAUGGGAAGCAGGGGUGCUUGUGACCCUAAUAAAUUCCAAAUCCUCUUCCCUGCCA